GGAUAUCCGCUGUUUUACUCAUAUACUAUCUUGAGUCUUUAUAUAUAUUCUUUUCAAGGUUGUGUAUGGGUCAGUCUCCGUAUUGAUAUUACUUUACAACUCUUGAUAUACUCUAUAUAUGCAGAACAAAUUAUAGAUUCUACAGGAAUAUUACCUAAACACCGAUAUUGAAACUCAACAUUCGAAUACAACUAAAGCAUUAUAACCAACAAUCAUUAGACAAUGUCUACCUCACCCAGCCCAAAAGCCACACUCCGCCCCUCCAAAUUCAUCGAAGGGCCUCCCCUCACCUCCACAGCCCCCAAUCUCGCCCAAACGGAUUCACAACUACAACUCAUCCUCCUCGAAAUGGAUUCCUACGAGUCCUCCCACAAAUCACCACCUCGCCGAUCCAAAUCACGAACUUCUUCGAGCAGUUCUUCCAACUCUAACUCCUCACAUUCUUCUCACAACUCUACAUCCUCGCUAUCCUUUUUCACGAAUUCUUCGAAACGAAUGAGUCAUGAUUCUUCUGCUGCUAUGUCUACGAGUAAUAAGAUAUUCAGCGGAGUGAGAGCGAGUCUGGAUAUGAGUAAUCCUUUUGCGAGCUCAGAGUCAUUGGGAAGAAGCAGAUGCAGUAUCAUUGAGACCACGAAUGAAUCGGAUGAGGGAUCAAUCAAAGACACACAACCAUUGGGAUCCAAGAUUAAAGGCAGAUUGAGGGCUUGGAGCCGGGGAAAGGACGAUGGGUCUAUACCUUAUGCGACCACUUGAGUGAAAUGGGAUACGCUGGGAAAUAAGAUUUGGAAUGGUUUACAUCACGAAGUUACAUUACGAAGUUACACUAUGAUUGAAGAUAGUCGAUACGACAUGAGGUUAUUUGAUGGAACGAAUCACUGGCAAGAUAGACUUUGUCAGAUGGAGAAGAGAUCAUUUUUGUGAAGGCACAAUGAAGAAUCCACAUGCAUGUCGAUGCUCCAAAGAGGAGGCAGACGCUGUGUUGCAGUAGGGGGGGUGAAGGGAAUAGGUUAGGCAAAUAGCCAACGCACAGCCAUUUAUGGAGAAGAGGUCCCGAGACAAGAUUUUGUGGAGGGAGAACCGAGCACGACGCGCGAUAAGUCGAGACAAGACAAGUAGAUAUAGAUAGACUGUUGCUUUGACAACAAAAAUAUCACGGAGAAAUUGCAAGAUAGAUCAGAUCA